GACCAUGGGUCUCUCACUCUUUCCAUCACCUGUACUGUAUAUAAGAGACCAUCAGCACUUGCUUUUGUUCAGCAUCUAAACAACAACCACUCCAACAACCCAAUACAACACUUCAAUCAACUCCAAUCCAACCAAACCAACCACACUUAUACCAAUACAACCUUUACACCACAAGCAAGCAUGUCAGGAGUAAUGGACAAAGUCAAGGCCAAGGUCGACCAGGUGAUGCACAAGGACAAGACCCAUGAUGAUCCUACUGGCCCUCACAGCUCGCACACUGCCAACACUGCCGACCCCACAGUACACAACACCUCCAGCGCUACCACUGGCACUGGUGGCUUUGCUGGCGACCAUCACAGCUCAGGUGUAAGCAGCGGUCUUGGUACUUCAGGUACCCACGGCCAGCACACUUCCACCCACACCGGUACCUCAAACCCCCUUGACCGCAACAACGACGGCAAGGUCGGAGCUAGCGAUCUUACUGGCAGCCACUCCAACACCACCCACGGCACCACUGGUCUUGGUUCAUCAACCACUCACGGUACCUCGAACCCCCUUGACCGUAACAACGACGGCAGGGUAGGAGCUGGCGACCUGACUGGCAGCCACUCCACCACCCACGGCUCUACUGGCCUUGGUUCAUCAACCACACACGGCACCACUGGUCUCGGUUCGUCAACAACACAUGGCACUACCGGUCUUGGUUCCUCCAACACUGGAGCUUACGGCUCUACCUCCCACAACGACCCCACUGGACCUCACGGUUCUCACAUGAUGAACAAGGCCGACCCAAGGGUCGACUCUGACCGCCUUGGAACCGCUGGCAACACUGCUGGUGCAGGUGGUUACGGUGCUGGACAGUACACUGAGGGUACUCACGGCACCCACGGCACCACUGGCAGCGGUCUUACUGGCCACUCAACCACCGGCACUGGUCUCGGCCACACUGGUGGCCACGGUACCGCCGACUUCAACGACCACAACAACUCUGGCCUUCACAACACACGCAUCGCCAACCAGGUUGACCCUCACGUUGGCGGUGUCGGCAGCACUGGAACUGGCGCAUACAACACCACUGGCUCAGGUCUGACUGGCCACAACACUGCCGGAUCUGGACUCACUGGUCACGGCACCACCGGUACGCACAACCCCCUCGACCGCAACAACGACGGCAGGGUCGGUGCUGGCGACCUGACUGGUAGCCACUCCAACACCCACACCGCUGGCGGCAUUGGCAGCACAGGCGGUCUCGGCCACUCCAACACUACCCACACUGGUACCUCAAACCCCCUUGACCGCAACAACGACGGCCGUGUCGGAGCCGGCGACUUGACCGGCAGCCACUCCAACACCCACGGCUCUACUGGACUUGGUUCAGGUGGCCUCGGCCACGGUGGCAACACCCACACCACAGGUGAGCACACCAAGACCGUUCCUGGUGAGGUUGGCGGAUCAGGCCGGGAUAACUUGGCACACCGUAACAACGAGACGGGUGACCUGCCCAAGGCCCUUGUCGAGCCUGUUUCUGUCGCCGAGCCCCACUCUUCUCUGCAGAAUGACCAACACCACUCAGGUCAUGGCACUCACGGUACCCACGGUACCAGCGACGUCCACGGCAAGCCCUCUAUGAUGGACAAGCUGAACCCCAAGAAGGACGCUGAUCACGACGGCAAGGCUGGCAUCAUGGACUAG